AUGUCCGAAUCAAAUGAAGCUCCCGUUUAUACCCUCGCUGAGGGCAAGCCGGUCGAGGACCCAACCUCCUCCGUCGUGCUUCGUGGACCAAAGGUUCGAGGAGGCGGGCUUGCGUUGCUGGCGGAUACGCAAUUGAUUGAGACUCUGGCUCAUUUCCCCCGUGAGCGUAUCCCAGAGCGCGUUGUUCAUGCCAAAGCUGCUGGAGCAUGGGGCUACUUUGAGUGCACCCAUGAUAUCACAGACUGGUGUUCAGCAGCACCUUUCCGCCGAAUUGGCAAGCAAACUCAAGUCCUUGCCCGUCUAUCCACUGUAGCUGGCGAAAAGGGAUCUUCUGACACCCUCCGCGACAUCAGAGGCUUCGCCCUCAAGAUGAAGACCGAGGAAGGAAACUGGGAUUUUGUCGGGAACGACUUACCCGUUUUCUUCAUCCGUGACCCAGCAAAGUUUCCUUCGUUGAACAGAUCUCAUAAACGUCACCCGCAGACUGCCGUCGCUGAUGCGAGUAUGUUUUGGGAUUUUCACAACAACAAUCAAGAAGGCGCUCAUUGCCUUAUGCAAUUGUUCGGACCUCGUGGUGUACCGGAGUCUCUUAGGAACGUGAAUGGUUUUGGAAACCACACGUUCAAGUUUGGAAAACCUGAGGAUGGAUCUUUCAAGUAUGUCAAGAUCCACUUCAAGCCUGAUGCUGGCAUCAAGAAUCUUUCACAAGAGGAUGCUGUUCGUCUGGCAGGUGAAGAGCCGGAUUAUCAUGUCAAGGAUAUGUACAACUCUAUUGAGCGGGGUGACUAUCCGACGUGGACUAUGUAUCUUCAGGUCAUGGACCCCAAAGAGGCUGAGACUUACAAGUGGAACAUCUUCGACAUCACCAAGAUCUGGCCGCACAAGGAUUACCCUCUGAUUCCAGUUGGAAAGCUUGUUCUGAACAAGAACCCGGAGAAUCACUUCCAUGAUAUCGAGCAGGCUGCUUUUUCACCUUCGACUUUGAUCCCUGGUAUUGCUCCCUCAGCUGAUAUCAUGCUCCAUGCGAGAAUGUUCAGUUAUCCUGAUGCUGCACGAUAUCGUGUAGGACCCAAUUAUCAGCAACUUCCAUGCAAUCGACCUUUAGAUGCAUACUCACCCUAUCAGAGAGACGGGCCGAUGCGCCUUGACGGGAACUAUGGUUCUGACCCCGAUUACGUCCGUUCCUCGUUCCGCAAGAUCAAAAGCGGUCCCGCCGACGUGGCACACAGCGAAUGGGUUGGCAGAGUCCAAGCCUACUCCUCCGACGUGGAAGAAGAAGAUUGGGAACAGCCGCGUGAUCUAUGGAAGAUCUUCAAGGAUAGCGGCGAUGAUGAAGUCUUUCUCAAUAACCUAUCUAGCCAUGUCAACAAGGCGCUUCCAGAGGUUCAAGAGGAAACAGUUCGCAUGUGGGCAAAUGUUGAUGAGGAGAUCUCGAAGAGGCUUGAGGAGAAGUUGAAGAAGUUGACUGGCGAUUUUGACCAUUCGAAGGCGCCACCCAGUCAGACUGUGCUGGCAUCGAGGCGCAAGUGA